AUGUCUCUUCAAUUUGCCCGUCUAUCUGCGCGACCUCUGCGCUCCAUGCGCUUUGUGCGCUGGAACUCCACCGCCAGCCCUGCCACGCCGCCACUGAUGGUUACUCUACGAACGGAUCUGAAGACUGCCAUGAGAGCCAAGGAUACUUCCAGACUCAAUGUCCUCCGUGCCGUCAUCUCCGAAUACAACAACAGUCAAAAGACCUCUUCCCCCAUCUCAACAGACAUCCAAUUACUCUCGCUCCUCCAAAAACGCGCGACCGCUUCCAAAGAAGCUGCUCAAGAAUUCCUCGCUGCCGAGAGACUCGAUCUCAAGGAGAAGGAGGACGCGCAGGUAGCCGUUCUGGAGGAGUAUGCUAGUCAGGUUGAGACCUUGUCCGCGGAGGAAAUGCAAGCCAUUGUGACCAAGGAGAUUGCUACCAUCAAGGAAUCUGGAGCCAAGUUGAACAAGGGAUUGAUCCUGAAGGCCCUCUUUGCCCCCAGUGGACCUCUGGACGGCAAGCCUGUCAACCGCAAUGAAGUUGCCAAGCUGGUCAACGAGGCGAUUUCCGCCUAG